GAACGAUAAUUUCUUUUACAAAGUAGAUACAUAAUUGUGGGUUUUUAUAUACAUUGUCUACAUUUUUUUGUAUCGAGGCGCAUGUUAUUGAAACAAUUGUGGCAGGAAUGAAUCGCAGAGGUUUGAAUGCGGGCAAUGCGAUGGCUUCUCAAUCGAAUAUCGACGAGGGCAGCUGGAAAGGCGUCACAGAAGGCUCAGCGAUGUUGCCAUCAUCGAACUCAUCGUCCCUCAAUCCGGAUGCCAGCAAUCAGAGUGGAUUCCCCCAAGGCGGAUUACCAUACACUUCGGGCGGCAAUCCAUAUCCUCAGGCCGGCCAGUCCUCGCCAGCUGGCAAUCAAUCGCUAGUGUUUCAGAAUGCAGCUCAACCCGGAUCGAAUACGCCGCAAUAUACUUCGUCACCCGCUCCAUCCGGAUCAUCGACGCCGGGUCCGGUGGGCGUUGCAUCGCAAAAUAUCCAGGGCAAUUAUUCACAGUCGUCGACGGCGGGCAAUUUCAAUGGGCCAGUUGGCGGACCAUUUGGCUCACCCUCGUCAGGAUUGGGUCAGUUUAGUCGACCCGCCAGUUCGGGCACCCCAUUUAAUAGUGGUCAAGCCGGACACUUCUCCUCGCCGACCGUCUUUGGAGUUGGCAGUCAGUUUAAUCCCAUGCCCCCGGCAUCUCCCUUCGGGCAUGGCGGCAAUCAUCCCAUGAUGGGUGGCCCACAGCCAAUGGAUCGUAUCGAUCAGGGAUUUAGGAGACACAACUCCUACUUCAGUCACACGGAGCAUCGGGUCUUUGAGCUCAACAAGCGCCUGCAGCAGCGAAACGAGGACAGUGAUAAUUGCUGGUGGGAUUCGUUUACGACCGAAUUCUUUGAGGACGAUGCACGCUUAACAAUCCUCUUCUGUCUGGAGGAUGGACCCAAGAGGUAUACGAUUGGCCGGACACUUGUGCCGCGUUUCUUUCGCAGCAUUUUCGAGGGCGGCGUUUCGGAUUUGUAUUUCCAGCUGAAGCAUGCGAAGGAAUCGUUUCACAACACAUCCAUCACACUGGACUGCGAGCACUGUACGGUGAUCACCCAGCAUGGCAAACCGUUCUACACGAAAGUCUGCGCCGAUGCGCGACUUAUACUCGAGUUCAUGUACGACGAUUACAUGCGCAUCAAAUCCUGGCACAUGACCAUCAAAGGACAUCGCGAACUAAUUCCACGUUCCGUUAUCGGGACAUCUCUGCCGCCAGAUCCCAUGCUCCUCGAUCAGAUCACCAAGAAUAUAACGCGUGCGGGCAUCACAAAUUCAACAUUGAAUUAUCUGCGCCUGUGCGUGAUUCUCGAGCCGAUGCAGGAGCUGAUGUCGCGCCACAAGGCGUACGCUCUGAGUCCGAGGGAUUGCUUGAAGACAACGUUGUUUCAAAAGUGGCAGCGAAUGGUGGCGCCACCGGGCAAAAAGGACCCCCAAAGACCGCCAAAUAAGCGACGCAAAAGAAAGGGAUCCAAUUCGGGCGGUGCCAACAAUUCAAACACCCCACCUGUGACAAAUCAGAAGCGUUCGCCAUCGGGUCCCAGUUUCUCGCUAUCUUCGCAGGAUGUGAUGGUUGUGGGGGAACCGACACUGAUGGGCGGUGAGUUCGGGGAGGAGGAUGAGAGGCUUAUCACACGCUUGGAGAACACCCAAUACGAUGGCACCAAUGCCGUCGAUCACGACAACCAUACGGGAUUCGGUCACGCCGAUUCUCCCAUAUCCAGCUCGAAUCCGUGGAGCAUGGAGCGGGGCGGUGCUAUUCCGGCUAGUCCUGGCAAUCCGUCGGGACCACAGAAUAAUGCCAAUAUAGCUGAUAUAGAUAAAAAGAGCCCCAUUGUCUCGCAAUAGAAUCAAACGAAUAGUCCGCAAUUAUGAUUUAAACCCCUUUUCGAUAUGUGGUGAAAUGUAUUUUCAUACUUGCAUGUAAAAAAUACUUUUAAAUAAAAAUUUCCAAACAUUAGGAAAUGUAAUUAGCCUUA